ACAGCAGCAGCUCCUCCAGCUCUCCAAACAGCUUCAGCCUCAGGGGUUGAAACCGUUUCGUUUUUCUAGUUAUUAUUAUUAUUAAUAAUAAUUUUACUCUAAGGACUGCGGUGGUGAAAACGCUAAUAUGUGGAUUUUUAACUCUGAAGUGCGGCUCUGCAUAACCUACAGCUGGUUUCUUCUGGCACAAUGAGAGAGAUUUAACACCUGAAAGUUAAUGAUGUGAAGAUUCUGACACGUUUUUAACGAUGAUUGAGACCGGUACGCCGACGAUGUUGGACAGAGCAGAACCAGCACACUGCACUGUGUGCUGCUGCACCCUGGCCAACAAAAUCCUCAUGGUGCUGUUCAUGGUGCUGCUGAUAUUCGCCAUCCUCUUUGGGAACCUAGUGACUCUGGCUGUGGUGGUGGGGACCAAGCACUUCCACACUUCGCAGGGCUACCUAAAGGCAUCUCUUGCAGUUGCGGAUCUGGCUGUGGGGAUAUUUGUGGUCCCUCUGUCUGUCUAUGCUGAGGUCUAUCUCAUGGUGGCUGAGUCAGCACCAGAGUGGACUUUGUACAACUCGCAAUCUGUGAGUUUUCACCCUUGUAACAUCAUUGGCCCCAUCUUCGCAGGGUGCACCUUCGUCUCCAUCACCACUAUCUUUCUUUUAACGAUUGAGCGGAGCAUCGCAGUGCUGAGACCACUGCACAAGGACUCCUUUAUUACCCGUAAAAGGACGACAGUCCUCGUCUUCCUCUCCUGGGUGGGGAGUUUCCUCCUGGCCGUGUCUCCGAUGGUAUUCAGCAGUGAGAUCACCCUGGAGUACAACUCCUGCAGCAGGAUGUGUAACUACGCUUUGGGGACAAUUGGUGAGUUCCCUAGCCAGGCCUGGAACAUCCUCCUCCUCUUUCCCGCAUUUGACUUCACGCUCCUUGGUAGCACAGUCGUCAUCAACAUCAUCUCUCUGUCCAGCAUCAGGCAGCACUCUAAGCACAGGAAAACCCUGGCAGAGACGGAGAUCCAAACCACCAGUAAUCCCACUUUUUCUGACAUUAAAGCAGCGAAGACAAUCGGGACUCUGACAGUGGCAUUCACAGCAUCAUUCACCCCCAUCGCCGUCUUUGUGGUUGGGAACGUUUUGGGGAACAAAUGGUGCAACUUUUCCUUUUUUGCCUUUUGGAUUUUGGCGACCAACAGUUGCUGGAAUGUCAUUAUUUACAGCGUGAGGGAUCAGAAGUUCAGACUUUGUGCACACAAACUUUUCAUGCCUUCCCAAAGACAAAACUCAACAAAAAGCUGAACCUUUAAUGAGAAGUUUGGUCAGGUUCUUGUCUCUUAGAGGUGUAUGUGUCCCACAGACCAUUGGUCCAUCUCAUUACUAUAGAGUCCAUUUUUUACCAUUAUAGCUACAAGCAAAGGAAAUUUAAUAAAAUUUCAAUUGAGGAAUGAAGGUUUAAAAAUAUUGAAAAAAUAAAAUGUGAAAAAUCUGAGUAGUAAAAACUUUUUUACUUAAAAUGUUUUUUAAAGUUUUAUUUCUGGUUUGCAUUUUUUUUUAAUGCAAAAUGUGCUUUUUUUGCUUGCUACAAUCGUGAAACAAAAUUCACCCCAUAUUUUACCACCUUUGUACUGUGGCUGCAUGUCUUGUUGGCAGCUGUGGUGCAUCUGCUGGAAAUUCUUCAAUUUUUACCUAAAUAAAGCACUGAGUGUUUAUGGAUCACAUGCCCUCAAUGUAAAUAUUCUUCUCAGUGGGUGUUCAUCUUGUUCUGUGUUUUGUUGAAUAAAGGCAUGUCUCAGUUUGUGAACUGGCUGUUUACGUUUAUAUAAAUAAUUAAAGACCAA